AGUCUCUGUUGACCUGGCAGCAGGGAUGGAAAGACUCAGCACACAGAGUCUAGUGUUGUCAGUUCUCCACACCCUAAAGCAACAGUUGUAGGGACACCCAAGAGAAGACAGACUGCUGUCUCUGUGAUAGCCUUAUAAAGCUGCAUUUGGUGUCGAUAAGGAUUCGAAAAACUAUGAUGAGGACCCAGCACCCCAAAGUGUCUUCAAACCAGCGUGCAGUAAGGUCAAGGGGCGCUCAGCUUCCUAACCCACUUGACCAAGAGCAGACGAUGAUACCUCCCAUGGUGGAGAGAGGCCCUUGUAAGUUCUGAGACCCUUAGAUGGCAGCUGCCACUUAGCAAAACUAUCAUUAUUUUAUGGAGCUUGCUGUUCUGUAAAUAAACACUACUGUUUGUUCUCAGACUCCUUUCCUUCAAGUGAGUUCAGAGCUGGCUUACUGCUUUGGCCCCUCCCACCUAGGUUCUCCGUUUCCCAGGAUCAGAGAUGUACAUGGAGGCACCGAGACCCAAAUGUAAGGGAAAUUCUAUGUAGAAUCCAGCAAGUUUCUUCCACAAGCCUGUUUUCUCAUCUCUGCAGAUCCUAAGAUGUCCCUUCUAGUGUUAUGGCUUUGUGACUUUUACCAAAAAUUAAACACAGAAUUCAGUUUCUAAUUGUAAAGGUGUGCAGAUUGGCUGCUAUUGGCUGUUCUAGGUAUUUGGAUUAAAUUAGUGAAUAAGACCACUUAGCCUGCUUGGGGAAGAGAGGAGAGGCAGGCAGUGAUCUCCAAGACAUACUGAAGCAGUGUAAAAAGGGGUCUGUUUGACGUGGAAACAAAGUAUUCUGGGAAGAGAAAGGGGAAUGCCCCAGGCAUAAGGGGAGGCUAUUAAUCUACCUGUGAGGCUUUUAGGAAAUCUAUUUAUUUUAGAUUCAGAGUUCUGUUGUUUGGACAUAAAUGGGUAUCAAAUGAUCCCUUGGAAAGCUUUCUUCUUAAAUGAUCUAACUUGAUAAAGGAUUACCUCCAAAGUGUGUGUGUAUGUGUGUGUUCUCAACAUGUGCCCACACAUGUAGAUGAAUAAACAUAUGCACAUACAUGCAUGACUCCACAGCAGAAGCCACAGCUCUUGUCUCUCUUCCAAACCAGUUUGUAAAGUCCAACUAGGGUGCCGUAGUAAUGCAGUCCUCCCAGCCUGCCGUUUACAGGAAGGGAACUGAACACAGAGAGAUGCUAAUGACUCAACAGAGCCAGUGAGUCAGAGGUGGGAACUGGGCCUGGCCUCCAGCCUUGGACUGGCAGUGGCCACCUUCCUGUGCCUUCCCAGUUCCUAUUACCACAGUAAAAGCCCAGUUUUCACCUCUCUUCUUUUUUACCUGUGGUCUACUUCCACCCCCAUAUUUAUAUGGUUAGUUUUUAAAAAAUGGGCAAGACACUCCAACUGUUCUGAAUUAUUUUAUAAUGAUAGUGAAAAACAUUAUAUAAUCUAGAGAUAGUUUCAAAACAAUAAACUGAGUACUGGCUAUCUCAGUGCUGUAGUAGGAUACAGAAUCUACAUAAGCCAAGUCCUCCUUUGUCCCCUCAGUCUUCCCCACACAUUCUAACCUUCACAUGUGUGUCCCCAAAGCUUUCCUAACCAAGGCUCACAUUCCUACCCUUUCUUCCUGAUCUACAUCACAAAAAGACCAAAAUUAGGAAAGAUCUUCCCAAAAGGUGGGCGAAGAAAGGCAUGAGAAUUCACCGAGGCAGCUGCAUAGAGACAGCAUAGGAGCGAGCAUGCAGCGUUCGUUUCCUCACUGCUGCUGAUGCUGCUGAUGCUCUGUUCUUAGGUUCUCUCCUAAAUUACCACAUGGAGUGUAAUCCGUACAGAAACCUGGUGUGGCGGGUGUUGGCAUCUUCCGUUAACUGAUGGGAAGGAACCUGACCAGUACUGUGUGAUGGAGAAAUGCUGAAAUGGGAGCCCAGUUCUCUGGCCAUCUAUCUUCUUUCUGAUGCUACCUCUAAAUAGCACAAGCCUUCGAUACUCUGCACUCCAUCAGUUGCCAGAUCAAAAUUGUAACUAUUUGUUGUUAGCACCGAAGCAGUUAGCAUACAUCUUGGAAGCAUAGUAGGUAAGUUAAAGACAAAAACCUACAGGCAACACCUUAGGACAUAGAACUUUUGUUUUGUUUGAAAAUACAGUCCAAAGAGAUCCUAGCAAGCUCCGUGGAGCCCUGUUCCAACAAGUCAGAGGCGAUGGGCUCUUUCUGUCCUUUAAUACCAACAUGGUGCUUGUGGUAGGUCUGGACUGCUAAGGCAAUGCCUGCAACAGAGAAAAUGACAGGCAGUCCCUCGUCAUAAGUAUGGGAGGCUAAAGAUGGUCUCUGGCAAACAUAUGGACUCAUUUAUGAUGGGCUCAUUGUAUGCACUUGCGACUUGAUAGAAAUAAGAUAGGAACAAGAGUUCUCAGAUGAAGUGCCAGCAGGGUGCAUUUGGUGGCAGCACGGUGGCUGAAAGCUGGUGUUGACUGGGCAGGGAGGUGGUGGGGAAAGAAUUCCACAUGGGAGAAGGAAGAAAGUCUAGAGAAGAAAAUAAUUAAACGAAACCCAAAGCACACAGCAAAGGAAACUCAGAGUAAUGAAUGAAAGCAAGUAAACAAAGAGGCGAGGCAGGGAGAUGACCCAGCACAGGACUGAGUGUGAGGUCUGGCACACAGGCAAGAGGGGCAUGUUGGGCAGCCAUGUUCCCAGUUAAAAAAAAUAGGGCAGCCUCUCUGUUCUCUUCAGGGUCGCCUCUGGUUCUCAUACAGAUCCCACUGGACAGUCCUGCCCUGGGGAAAAGAGAGGAGCCCUUCCAGAUGCCUGAGAUUGUGAUUGCUGUCCCAGGAGAAAGGUCAUUUGGAAGUAGGCACACUCAUUUAUCACCAUCCAUAUUUGUCCCCUAAUAUGCCAUGAAGACCAGAGGGAAGCGUGGUGAGGUCCAGUGGUGAGAGCUCACGGUGAUGCCAGCCCAGGGGCUGUCACUAAACACAUGUCUUAAAUCAAAUCUCUUUCCAUUUUCCAGCAUUUGCAGUGAAGACCUUAAAGACCAUAUACUUACAUGAGAGCCUCAGCUCUUUGUGAAGACGCUAUCCUGUUAAAACUGUUUCUGGUUACCGGUGCUAUGUGCUUCCCAGUGGCCUAUAAUGGCACUGUGCGCUUGCUUCCAGGCCCUGAGGCACAGCGAGCAAGCACAAGUGAUAUGCUGCACUGAUUAAAAAAAGCAUUCUAAUGAAAUCAUUGGGCGUGUUGUAGUCAGCUACAAGUGGGAAGUUGUUUCCUGAGGAAGUCUGAUAAACUGAAAGUUAGCUGGAAGGUUCAGACAAUUGUGUAUGGGAUUUUUCUGCCCCUCCUUAUGCUGUCCUUUAAAUGUUUUACUAGUUAAUUGUGAGUCCCACCCAGACACAUAUUUUAACAGUUACAACAGCCCCCAGCUGUCUGUUAUGUUAGCAUGAUGUAAGAGCUCAGAGCUUCUGUAUAUAGAAUCCCAAAAAGAAGAGGAGGGGACUUUUUAAUUCAGAUAUUGCAUGUGUUUAAAAGGAAGAACACUGUGUAAAAAAGUGUUCCUAAGAAGGGAAGAGGGGGGAGGAACACACUUUUUAAUCUGACUUUUUCUUUUCAGUCCCCAGCCUUUAGGACGUCUUAAUACUGAGGUAGCACUCAAACAUGUUUUGAUUUUGCUAGAAUGGUUUUUGCCAUCAUUUAAAAAUCAUGACAUUUCAUAUUAAAAUAAUGUAGAUUUAUGUUCUUUUAAAAAGAGGGUGUUUUGCCAUUUUGUAGCCAGUCUCUUGGCUGUCUCCCUGUGAGUGCUUCCUGGGUUCUGUCUCCUUCCUCUGGCCACAGGGGUUGGUUGUCAUUCACAAACACACUACAAUUAGUUUUGUAAUGAACAUGGAAGAGACAGACAGUGGCCUGGUAUCAGUUGGUCCCGGCUUCCCUUGCUCAAGCUGUCACUUGUCCUGUGGCAUGUGAUCUUCUGAAGCUCAUUUCCCGUGCCAUUUCACCCUGCCGCAGUCACAGUGACACAGCCAUGCCCCAGACCAUAGCGGAGCUGCGGUCCUCACAGUCAGAGAGAUGGUGCUCCGUCUGCUGCCACACCCAGCACCAGCCUCUUCUGCUCCUGGUGACUCCGUCCUGUUCUGCUUUGCCACCUCCUCCACUGUUGACAUCAACAGUUUUUUUUUUUUAUCAUUAUUCAAGUAUUAUACCCAAAACUUUUCAAAUCUUUAAAAAGUAAUAUAGCAAAUACUUUUUAAAAAACUUUAAGAAAAACCUUUAAAAAAGAAGGUUAAUAAGGUAAAAAAAUAAUAAUAAUAAUAACAAGACAGUCCUUUUUAAAAGGCCCCUUCAUGGCUGGAGUGAAGGCUUAGCAGUUAAGGGCACUCGUUGUUCUUGCACAGGACCUAGGUUCAGUUCACAGCACCCACAUGGCAGCUGGCCUCUGCCUGUUAUUCCAGUUCCAAAGAACCCAGUACCCUCUCCUGGCUUCCAUAGGGACCAGGUAGGCACACCGUGCCCAGACACACAUGCAGGCAAAAUACUCUUACACAUAAGAUAAAUUAAAACCACCUUCCUGCUUCCUUUUCCAGGUUAACCGUGAUUAACCCCUGGAUACGUUUUCUUCUCUUGAUCCUUUCUAUGUAAAUAGUUUGUUGUUGUUUAACAUAGCAGGAUCAUGUUACGGUACAGCAUCCCAGCCCUGGCUGGCAUAAAUGAAUCUCUGCCUUAUGUACCUUAUGCUGUAGCAGCACUUUCGUGUUGCUAUUUCUCAGCACGGCAUUUUAGUAAUUAUACUACUUAGCAUGUUGUUGCUUUUAAGGUCACUUGUCUGUUUUUCAUAGGACUGUGAGCUGUUUGAAACAUGUCUCGCCUGUCUCCUUCUGUCAAAGUACCUGUCAAUAUAUGUUCACUAAGUCAACAAGAAAAUGUGGUGUUUUUGCCCCUUCAGUAAGGUCAUUCUAAUUUAGCUGUGUAUAUAAUAUUUAUGUAAUAAUUUAAAUCCAAAUUUUAAUAUUCUAAGCUCCAUAGUCAACAUAUUAGUAUAUUUAUUAUAAGUUACGUUAACCUGUUUCUCGGGUCCUUUUCUAAUGGUUUUGAGUUAGUUUUGCCUUCCUCCUCUUAGGAGGAGCAAGUAGCAGCCCUUAAGUAUCUGUCUUCAAAAGAGAACUUUACAUGUCACUUGCUCUGGUUGUAAGAAGUACUGGAAUCUGGUGGCUUGGUUUUGAAUAUUUUAAACAAGUUUAUGUUUCUGUAUCUUUGCCAAAACAGAUAAUAUUUUGUGUGUAGUUCAUUCUUCAUAAAAGCGUUAUCUGUCUUUAAAGAGGGUGUAAGGGCGCGAUGGCUGGAUAGGCAGGGCUUCCCAUAGAACAGCAUCUUUCAGUAGGAAGUCUCUGGGGCUCAUGAAGCGAGCCUUGUCACAUACAAUUUGAGUCUAUUUCCAUUUAGUGUUCCGCUGCUGUUACUAGCUCUGAUUAAAGAGGAAGCCAGUGCAGUCUAUCAUCUGAUAGCUGUGGGAUGGCUUCUCGGCCCGUGCCAUGCUCAUGCAAUGGUCCUGGGUUUAUGGGCUGGGUGUUUAGAGUGUAAGCUGUUUGUCUUAGAAGUGGAUGAGUUUCUUUAUCCUGAGGUGAAAUGAGACUUUUAAAUCAUCUCAAAAUCUCUCAUCACCAGACCCUCUGGAGACGACACCAAGGACAAGAAAAUAAGAUUUACUGAAGAGGAGAGAGAAAAGUAGCCUUCGACCUCCCAGAACUAGGCAGAAGGAAGAGCUAUGAUAAAGAGGAGAGGAAUUAGCCCAGGGGGAAAGAGUCAGUCCGACCGCUGGUUUCGAAGACAUGUGGUGUAUAUAAAGUUUGUGAUAGUUGGUGGAAAUUUGGGAGCUUGGAUAAUGGGCUGUGUGCAAUGUAAGGAUAAAGAAGCAGCGAAACUGACAGAGGAGAGGGACGGCAGCCUGAACCAGAGCUCUGGGUACCGCUAUGGCACAGACCCCACCCCUCAGCACUACCCCAGCUUCGGCGUGACCUCCAUCCCGAACUACAACAACUUCCACGCAGCUGGGGGCCAGGGACUCACCGUCUUUGGGGGUGUGAACUCCUCCUCUCACACUGGGACCCUACGCACGAGAGGAGGGACAGGAGUGACACUGUUUGUGGCGCUUUAUGACUAUGAAGCACGGACGGAAGAUGACCUGAGUUUUCACAAAGGAGAAAAAUUUCAAAUAUUGAACAGCUCGGAAGGAGACUGGUGGGAAGCCCGCUCCUUGACAACCGGGGAAACUGGUUACAUUCCCAGCAAUUACGUGGCUCCAGUUGACUCCAUCCAGGCAGAAGAGUGGUACUUUGGAAAACUUGGCCGCAAAGAUGCUGAGAGACAGCUCCUGUCCUUUGGAAACCCAAGAGGUACCUUUCUUAUCCGCGAGAGCGAAACCACCAAAGGUGCCUACUCACUUUCCAUCCGUGAUUGGGAUGAUAUGAAAGGGGACCACGUCAAACAUUAUAAAAUCCGCAAGCUUGACAAUGGUGGAUACUAUAUCACAACGCGGGCCCAGUUUGAAACACUUCAGCAACUGGUACAGCAUUACUCAGAGAGAGCCGCAGGUCUCUGCUGCCGCCUAGUAGUUCCCUGUCACAAAGGGAUGCCAAGGCUUACCGAUCUGUCUGUCAAAACCAAAGAUGUCUGGGAAAUCCCUCGAGAAUCCCUGCAGUUGAUCAAGAGACUGGGAAAUGGGCAGUUUGGGGAAGUAUGGAUGGGUACCUGGAAUGGAAAUACAAAAGUAGCCAUAAAGACCCUUAAGCCAGGCACCAUGUCUCCGGAGUCCUUCCUGGAGGAGGCGCAGAUCAUGAAGAAGCUGAAGCAUGACAAGCUGGUGCAGCUCUACGCGGUCGUGUCUGAGGAGCCCAUUUACAUCGUCACGGAGUACAUGAGCAAAGGAAGUUUGCUUGACUUCUUAAAAGAUGGUGAAGGAAGAGCUCUGAAGUUGCCAAACCUUGUGGACAUGGCGGCACAGGUUGCUGCAGGAAUGGCUUACAUCGAGCGCAUGAAUUAUAUCCACAGAGAUCUGCGAUCAGCAAACAUUCUAGUGGGGAAUGGACUAAUUUGCAAGAUUGCUGACUUUGGAUUGGCUCGGUUGAUUGAAGACAAUGAAUACACAGCAAGACAAGGUGCGAAGUUUCCCAUUAAGUGGACAGCCCCCGAAGCGGCCCUGUAUGGAAGGUUCACAAUCAAGUCUGACGUAUGGUCUUUUGGAAUCUUACUCACAGAGCUGGUCACCAAAGGAAGAGUGCCAUACCCAGGCAUGAACAACCGGGAGGUGCUGGAGCAGGUGGAGAGAGGCUAUAGGAUGCCCUGCCCACAGGACUGCCCGAUCUCCCUGCACGAGCUCAUGAUCCACUGCUGGAAAAAGGAUCCGGAAGAGCGCCCGACCUUCGAGUACUUGCAGGGCUUCCUGGAGGACUACUUUACGGCCACAGAGCCCCAGUAUCAGCCCGGUGAAAACCUGUGAGAGCCUGCGCUUCAGACGCCUCUUCCCGAGGCCUCCCUACCCCUCCCCAUUAGCUUCCAAUUCUGUAGCCAGCUGCCCCAGAGCAGCGAGAACCGUCCAGGAUCAGAUUGCAUGUGACUCUGAAGCUGAACUUCCACGGCCCUCAUUAAUGACACUUGUCCCCCAGUCCGAACCUCCUCUGUGAACCAUCUGAGACAGAAGCGUGUUAUUUCUCAGACUUGGAAAUGCAUUGUAUCGAUGUUAUGUCAAAGGCCAAACCUCUGUUCAGUGUAAAUAGCUGCUCCUGUGCCAACAAUCCCAGUGCUUUCCUUUUUUAAAAAAGAAAAAGCAAAUCCUAUGUGAUUUUAACUCUGUCUUCACCUGAUUCAACUAAAAAAAAAAAAGUAUUAUUUUCCAAAAGUGGCCUCUUUGUCUAAAACAAUAAAAUUUUUUUUCAUGUUUUAACAAAAAAUGAUCAGGACAGGUGUUUGGGUUUUUUUUCCCUUUUUUAUACAUAUGAUAUAUAUGUUAACAUAUGUUCCUGUACAUACACCAUGUGGGUGCUACCAUGGAGACUGGCCAGCGUAGGCCACAUAGCUACAGGACCGGAGUGGGGAUUACUGCAGAACCCUGCCAGCAAAGCACUGGUGUCAGCCUGCAAGCCGGUGGCCUCAUUUUUUGACUUCUACGAAGCAUGACGUCCUCUCCAUUUGGACUGCACUUUUUUGGUUCCUAAUCAUACCUAUAGAUUGUUCAUGUGACUUUUUUCAGGUCCCAGGGCCUAGUCACGAGUUUUAGUGCCAGUUUUUGCUCCAGCGAACUGUGAUUCGUUCUUGAAACUUAGGAGUGAGCAUUUUAAGCAAAAAGCAGCCAGCCAGUUCUACCACAAGAGCUGCAAGACGGAGACCACACAAACUUCCUGUAUAAAUAUGAAUGCUGAAGGGUUCAGGUGUUUUCCUUUUAUUUAAUAAAUCUUGUAACCACAUUUAAAUGGUCUAAACCCAUAGCAUUGUAGUCAUGGCAACCUACUAAACUUUCUCAUGCAACUAAAAAUUAUGGGAAGGCAAGGGUGGGGGGUUGUACACGUCCCAUUGUAAAAUAAGUGUUUUACUGUCCUGUACUGCUAAUGAGUGACUCUCCGUGUCAGGAGUGCUCCAGUGAAUAACUAUGCACUACUUUACAUUUCAUGGGGGUGCACAAAAAAAAAAAA